UUCUGAGGGUCGGUGUUGUGCUCUAAGAGACCAAAGACCUAUUCAGCAACUAGGGCUGCUAUUUUCAGGAUGAGUGACCAUUCUGCAUCUCUGAUGGGUUUCCUUUGACUGGUGGAAACCCAUAGACUUGGGAGAUGUCAUGAGCUAUUAGAAUGUAGGCAUGCAAAUUCUACUACCUGCUCCUUAGGGUGAGACAUGAAAAUAGCACCACAAGAAGUGCUGUUAGAGAUUGCUUUCCUGGGUAGAAUUAAAAAAUUAUACCUCAAAGAUGGGUUGUUUAUCAUGUAUCUUCUUUAAAGGAGAAAGUCAGAAGACAGCACUGGUAUCUGGAAUUUGAGUUUUUCACCAGCUUUUUAACAAAAUUAGCAGUUUUUCAUGGUUAGAAAUGCUUUCAUAAAUGAAAAUGAGGUUAAGGACAAUAUAAAGUCUAAAGAAAAGAAAAAAUGCAAUUGUUUGCUUUUUCCUUUUGGAUAAUGAUGAAUUACUAAAAGGAGCUUAACAUAAAUAUCUUUAAAGUUGUUGGGGAAAGACAUACAUUUGUCAAUACUGGAAGUCAUACUUUAGUUGUAAUGAACUGAAAGUGUCUGGUCUGUGUUACAAAACUGGUGAAUUGUUCAUGUUUGACCUUAAAAAUGUGUCAGAUUUAGCAUCAGAUCAGUUAAGGUUUGAAAAGCAAUGUAGUUUUAUAGAAAUCUGUAUAUAAUCUGUAAGUCUGUCAGUGACAAAAAUUAAUAGGUAAUUCAUGAUUGAAAAAGGUGAUGUGGAAUUUCUGACCCCUGAGUCUUCCAGUAAACUUUAUUUUAUGAAGUUUUUAGUGAAACUUUAUUGAACAAUUAUUACGUAUAUCAUUAUACAAUAACGGUGUCUUUAAAUAAGGGAACUGAAAAGUUUCACAAGUCAGAAAUGUAUAUGAAAGGGAUGAUCAGCCAAAUCUGUGAAGAUAUUUUUAUCAAGAAUCUCUGUUCGCUCGCAGACUCUUGUGCAGAGUAACUUCUACAUCAUUAACAUCAUUUCAGUUCUCAUGAAAACAUUGUCUUUAACUGCCCAAGGCAAAUGUCUCUAACAAUGCUAUUUUCUAGCCUUUCCAUCUCUGAUUUGUAGCUUAAGUCAUAUUAGAAGGAACAGGUGUAGGUGGUUGCUGAUGUCUGUGAAGUUCUGUUGUAGCAGCCACAAAACUUGGUAACUGAGUCUAAUGGAUUUAUUCCCUGUUGCUGUGAAGCACAGGAUUGACAGCAGUCCCACGUUUUUUGCCAGCUCUGAAAGAGAGCAGCACACUAUUUUCUGGAAAAAGGUGAAAGACUGAGAAACUUCCUUUUGAAUUGUACUGUUACUUGCCACGUUUCAAAAGGUAAAAGGACAGCACUUAAGAAAGCAAAGUGCCAAAAAUUGUUGGAUAUGGAAAUAAAAAAUAAAAUUUGUCUGUUGUUUUUUGUUGGUUCUUGGUUUGGGGUUUUUUUUUAAGCUCCUUAUCAAUGAAACUCUAAAGCUAAGCAUUGUUUGAGGGGAUGGAAGAGGGUGGAAAUGCAGUCUUGAAUAGGAAGUUACGAAGUGUUUACUGCCUGAACAUUUUCUGUUCUUCAUAGGUGGCAUGAAACAUCCUGUUUGCAAGCAUAUGCAUAAGGAAUGCUCUUGUCACACCUUGAUAAGUUACUUUGGCCUAAACAUCGAUUGCCUCUUGUAAAAACCUAAAUGGCAGCUCAGAAAAGGAAGUCUACGUUAGUAGAACCUUCUGCUAAACGUCCAAAGCUGGACAAGAACAGCAAACCCUCUUUGUCAAAGAAGGAAAAAGAAGUGUCGGAUACAAAACAUGGCUCAAAUAAAUCAAAGCCCAGUCAGUGUGCAGCGCAGGAGAAAGCUGUGCUCAAAACCUCUGUCAAACCAAACAGUAAUAACACCAAUGAACCUGAAGUAGGAACACGCAUGACUACAAGAUCAUCAGCACUCAACUCAAAUAAUAAAACAAUACCUAGCAAAACAGUUCAACAGCAGCAGCCUAAACCUGCAAAAAAUAAGGAGGUAUGCCAGAAAAAAUCUGUGCAAGAAAUUCCUAAGUCAAAAUGCUUAAUUGCACCAAAGGAGCCAGUAAUGAGGAGAUCACAGAGACUGCAGCAGUUAACACAUGAGCAUGUUCCAGCAAGAUCCCUGCGCAGCAGAGAAGUUAAAGAAGAAAAAGUUCCAGAAGUUAAGCACAGUAGCCAGGCAAAAAAACACACUCGCAGCGUUGCAGCAAAACCACUGAAAUCUGCUGGAGGGAAAACAGAACAGAAAAACACAAAGAUAAAGCCAAACAAUACAAACAAGGAUAAAGAGAUACGUGUAGGAGUGACCAGCUCUCUGAAAGAGAAAAAAUGUAAAGCAGACAAUAACAAGGAUAAUUCCAGCAGCUUUCAACAAAAUGUUCAAGAGUCCUCAUCAUGUCCUGCUGAGAGUCUUGAGGAAGUCAAGAAAGACCAAACGGGCUCUGUGUCUCCCAAUUCUAGCAACACAAAGAAAGUGGAAACUGAUUCUCUUAAGCCAAAUUCUACAGCAUCUAAGGAAAAGCAACAGACACAUCAGAACGUAAAACCCAGUACAAAACCAAAAAAUACUUCACAGCCAUCUGUAAGUGACACAAAUGUGGCUGAUCAACCAGAGAACGAUGCAAAAUCCAAACGGGUGAGCAUCCUUGAACUUUGUGAAGAAAUUGCAGGUGAGAUUGAGUCAGAUACAGUAGAAGUGAGAAAAGACUCCCCUAAUGCAGAGGAUAGCAAAGCAGAAGAAAAGCACGAUGACACACAGUUGCAGCAAAGUGAAAUGCUUACUCUGAAAGAGCCCAGUCAAAGUACUCAGUGCAAACGGUUUUUCCCUAGCAAAAAAGCCAUGCCUGUCAAAUGCACUCUGAAUGGCAGAAAUAACUCCUCAAACAAAAACUCUAAAUGGACCAAAAUUAAAUUGCUGAAAGCUAGUAAUGUGAAGCAAAGUAAUUCAAAUUUUCCAAAUGCCCCCAGGCUUCCUUUUUUAAAAGAUUUCCCUGAAGUUUCAGAGGCAAGUCAAAUGGCUGCAGAAGCAGAGCUUUCAAAGGCACAAGGCAAGCUGUCAACAGGACUCUUUGAGAAUGAAAGUACAACUUGUGCACAGGAGAAAUCACAUCCUUCAUCUGAAAGAGCUGAAGCUAAAGAAGUAGCAUUAGAAACAAAGCAGCCCACAAGGAAGGGUGCAGAAAAUGGUCUGUUGCCUAACUUGACAAAACAUUUAUGUGAGCCAAGACCAGAUGAGAACUUUCGAUUGCAUUUGGAAUCGAGUCCAGAAAGUUCUCCUGUAAAGUGUGUUACAGCUCCUAGACCACCAAAACAAUUCAAAAAAGAACCCAGAGAAAGUGAACCUCAAGAUUUGGCUCCCACACAGUUGAUGCAAGCUUCAGUAACAAGUCAAACUUCUGAAUCUGAGAACAGGGCUCCAUUGUCAAAUCCUUCAUUAGCAUCAAAAUGCACUAACUUGCCAUCAUCGGAGGAACCUAUUCAGAAGCUAAAAGAAGCUGGAAAAGAUGGUGAUAAGCAGCUGAUCACAGAUGGAGGACAGAAGAGAUUUGGUGCUAUUUCCUGUAAUAUUUGUGGAAUGCUUUACACUGUGUCAAAUCCAGAGGAUGAAACCCAACAUCUGUUAUUCCACAACCAGUUCAUAAGUGCUGUUAAAUAUGUGGGUUGGAAAAAGGAGAGAAUCUUGGCUGAAUAUCCUGAUGGGAAGAUAAUAAUGGUUCUUCCUGAUGACCCAAAGUAUGCACUUAAAAAGGUUGAAGAAAUCAGAGAAAUGGUAGACAAUGACUUGGGAUUUCAGCAAACUCCUCUCAUGUGCUACUCUAGAACUAAAACUCUUCUUUUUAUUUCGAAUGACAAAAAAGUCAUUGGCUGCUUAAUUGCAGAACAUAUCCAGUGGGGCUACAGAGUUAUAGAAGAGAAGGUUCCAGAAAUCAGUUCAGAAAAUGAGAAAGUGAUAUUUGAGAGACAGAAAGCGUGGUGCUGCUCAACUUCUCCAGAGCCCGCAAUCUGCGGGAUCAGUCGGAUCUGGGUGUUCAGCAUGAUGCGCCGCAAGAAGAUCGCUUCUCGCAUGAUAGAGUGUCUCAGGAGCAACUUCAUAUAUGGCUCAUACUUAAGCAAGGAAGAAAUUGCUUUCUCUGACCCCACUCCUGAUGGAAAGCUCUUUGCAACACAGUACUGUGGCACUGGCCAGUUCCUGGUAUAUAACUUCCUCAAUGGACAGCACCAGACUUAACUGCUCUGCAGGAAUUCCAUUUUUAUUGGAGACUUCUGCCAAACUGCAUGGAGUGGGUGCAGACCUUCAGCAGAAGCCAGGGCCAUUUUUAUUACAGUGAACUCAGGACUGGUAACAACCAAACGGUUGUACUAUUUUAUUAAAAUUGUAAACAAUGCAGUAAUAGGCUAACCUUGUUUUUUUAAAAGAAAGAUAUUUUAUUAACUUUUACAAAAGUUUGAUUGUAUUUUAUCUAGUUAUUCAUGUUUACAUGCAGCAGAAAAUUGUUCAUAGUGGACUGUAAACUAAUGCAAAGACUCUAGUCUGGCUGACGAGUACAUGCUGAAGUUCUUACUGAGGUGAUAUACCAGUGCUUCCCAGUACUGGAGCGCUGGGCUCCUGCCCCAGCUGCCACUACCAGCACUUGUCUGACAGAGUUCCAGGCUGUGCCCAGUGGAACUGGGGCAGGAAGUGUGGGCAACAACCCUCACAGGCUGUACGGUGCCUUCUGGGGUGCCCCUGUACCCUGCUCCCGGCACCAGCAUCAGAAUCCUGAUGUAGCCCCUGUCCCCUUCUCCCCCAGAUGAGUUUUGGAGUUAAAGGUGGAAUGAAAAGCCCAAGGACUGGUAUACUCGUCAUUCUUCAAGUAUUGUACUGAGUAUAUACCUUUGUUAGUGGACUUCACUUUGAUACUUGUCACUCCUUCAUAAAUCUCUCCUCUUUCAAAGGGUUUGUAUGUUGAAAAACUGCUGUGGCCUUUCUUGAUCUGUACAUAAUGUAGAUAGAUUAAAAAUAAAAUACUUGAUAGCUU